AUGAAAACAAAGAUUGAGACUAUUGGUGAAAAAUAAAAAAAACUUUAAGAAGAAGAAUAAAGACUUCUUACUUUGGGUUAAAACUUUUACAAACAAUAUGAUUUGGAAUCAAUAAAUUUUAUAUCAUAAUUUAUACCUUAAUUUUUAGACUAUUAUGUUAAUUCAUAAAAGAGAGAUAAGUAUGUUAAUUUAUUACCAUUAAUUUCUAUAACAAAUAGUCCAAUUAGAAAUAUAUUGACUAAAUUUGAUUUGAACCUAUUAUUUCCAGAAAGAAUUUGGGAAUUUGAAAUGACAUGUAAUAAUAAAUAAUAUAACUUAUAGCAUAAUUUUUAGAAUAGAUGUCUAAAAAUGAUUCACGUUCUUUAGAUUUACCUUCACUAUUAUUUUUAAUUAAAUUAAUAUUGUAGGGAGAUUUUAUAAUUUAUCAAAUUGAAACAUCAUAUUAAUCAUAAUACCAUUUGUAUAAAUUUUCAAAAUUGGAGGGUAAUAAACUACCUUAUUCAUAAUUUUAUUAAAUAUAUAAUCAAAAAAUUCAUAAAGAAAAUGUAAUUGUGUAAAUAAUUCCAAAAUAAAAAUUUACUCUAAAUUCUCAAAAUUAGCUUGAAACUUUAAAAUAUGUUGAUACUAUUGUAUUUAUUUCUUAAGGAGGUUAUAAUUAUAAUGAUUGUAUUAAGAAACAUAAUAUCCAAUAAGAUGAAGAUCCUUUCCUUUAAGAUGAUUUUAGUGUAAUAUAAGAAAUAUAAAAACCUAAAAAAUAUGGUUAAAUUAAAAUUGGAGAUACUCCUGCAGCUUAAGUUUAUAAUUAUACUAUUCCAAGAAUAUAUAAAGUAAAUAAAUUUUAACCAUAAGAUUAUGUAUUUAACUAAAAAUUUUAAAGAUGGAUUAAAACAGUAAAUUUUGUUAAUCUUUAAAAAAGAUAGUAAUAAUAGAAUGAAAUUAAAGCAUCAUUCUAUUUAUUAAAAAAAUACUUAUUUACUCCAAAUUUUUAAUAAUAUCAAAAUUUAUUAAAAAAUAUUAAGAGUGAAAAAUUUAUAAUAAAUAUGGAAUAGUUUUAAGCAAUUUCUGAAGAAUGUGAUACAAUAUUAAUAGGUAGAAGUGGAACUGGUAAAACUACUAUUUCAUUGUUAAAAUUAUUUAUCACUGAUGCAAUAUUUAUGUUAAGAUAAAAUUUAGAUUUAUAUAAAGAAUCUAAUUAUAAAAUAAAUAUGUAAUAUAAUGAAUAAUUAUAAAAUGGAAUAUAAUUAAAAACAUUAUUUUUAACAUCUAGUCCAUUAUUAGCUUAAUAAAUAAAAUAAAAAUAUGAUAAAUUAGUAAAAAAUGUUGAAGAUAGUUUAAAUCAAAAAAAACAGUAUUAAAAUUUUUAAGAAAAACUAAAAAAUAAUUUAGAAGAUAGCACAGUCUAAAUUUUAGAUAUUUUAGGAGAAGAAGAUGAUAAGGAAAGUUAAUUUGAAGUUUAAGAAGAAGAAGAAAAUGAUGAAGACAUAGAUUAAUAUGAAAAAGAAAUGGGAUAAUUUUAAAAAAUGUAAGAUAUUAAAUCUUUUCCUGCAUUUCUAACAAUAAGAAAAUUAUUAUUUUUAAUAGAUUCCUCAUUAACAAACCCAUUUUUUAAAAAUAAAGAUUAAAUUCAUAGAUCAGCAUAAUGGCAUAAUGAAUAUUUUGGAGUAUUAAGUUUAAAUUAAAAUGUUAAUAAUAAUUGUUCAGAUAAAUUAGAUGUUGAAGUGAAUGAUUUAGACUCAAAAGAUAUAAUAUAUCAUAACAAUAGAUUAAAAGAAGUAACUUUAGAAUGUUUUAAAGACUUUUUUUGGCCAAAAAUUCUAUCAGAAUUUAAUUGGAUUGAAAGAUAAAGUUAUAAUUCUAUAAGUCCUACAAUUGUAUGGUCAGAUAUAAUAAAUACUAUUAAAGGACAUGAGACAGCAUAUUAACAUAGAAAUUAUCAUAUUAGCUAAGAAAAAUAUAAUUAUUGUCGUUAAAACUAAUAUUAUUCUUAACCAGAUAAAAUUUUUAAAUUAUUUUUAAUUUAUGAAUAAUUAAAAGUUAAAUAUGGAUAUUAUGAUAUACUUGAUGUUAUUAAUCAUAUCAAUUAUUAAUAAGUAUAUUGUUAUGAUUAAAUUGAAUAUAUGCAUUAUCUUAUACUUGAUGAACUUUAAGAUGUUCCUAAAGCUUUAUUAAUACUAUUAAAUAGAAUGACUUAAGUUUAAUUAUUUUUAGCUGGAGAUAAUGCAUAAAAUAUUGUUAAAGGAAUUGGAAUUAAAUUUUCAGAUAUUUUUGAUUGUCUUGAAAAUGAAAAAAAAUAAUAAAAAUCUAUUAAAUUGACUAAAACAUCUUUAACUAGAUUAAAAUAUAACUUUAGAUCUACCAAUUAAAUAUUAUAAUUAGGUAAUGUAAUAGUCAAUGCACUUGAAUUAUUUUUCCCAAAAUAUCUUGAUAUUCUAUAAAAAGAAAAAUCAAUUUAUUAAGGUCCAAAACCAACUAUUAUUUAAAGUAUUAAAAAUUAAGAUUUAUUGAAUUAUUUAUUUAAAUAGUAUAAAAAUAAAUAAAGUAAUGUAGAUUUUGGUUAUAAUUCAGUAAUAAUAGUUAGAGAUUAAGAUUCUAAAUUAAAAAUACCAAUAGAAUUAUAAAAUGCCAUAAUUUUAACUAUUUAUGAAGCAAAAGGUUUAGAAUUUGAUGAUGUUAUUCUUUUUAAUUAUUUUUCUGAUGCCAAAGAUGAUGAUGAAAAUGCAUGGAAUAUACUUUAAUCAUUAGAAAUAGUCAAAAUUAAAAUGGAUAAACAUGAUUGGAGUACAAAAAGUAAAAAUUAUAUAUUUAUAUUUAGCAAAUAAAAACUAAUUUUUAACACACACUAAUUUAAGUAAACAUGAAGUAGAAUUAACAAAAAUGCAAUUUAGAAAUAUUAAUUAAAAAUAGAAAUAGAAUAUUUAAAUUCAGGAUUCAAAUAAAAUUAAUUUAUCAUUAUAAUAAGAAUUAAAAUAACUUUAUGUGGCUAUAACUAGGCCAAAAAAGAAAUUAAUAAUAUUUGAUUAAUCUUUAUAGAAUAGAUAUUAUAUAUAAAAUAUUUGGGAAGAAAUGGGAUUUGUUGAAGUAAUACAAGAAACUUAAUUAUAAUAAAUCUAAGAAUAUUAAUUUAUAUUAUCAUUUUCAAUAGAUAACAAAUCAAAUUGGAAAAGAUAGGGAUAUAGAAUGCUUAAAUAAAAUAAUUAUGAAUAAGCUUAUAAAUGUUUUAUGCUAGCAUCAGAAAUUGAAUUAGCAAAGAAAUCUAUGGCUUAUAAUUUAGCAACAUAGGCUACUGUUAAUUAUUCUAAUAAUUUUUAUUUAUUUAUAAAAGCAGCAGAAUUAUUUGAGGAAAUAAAUUUACAUAAAAGAGCAGCUUCUUGUUACUUUUCUGGAAAGAAUUAUUAGAAGGCAUUUGAAUUAUAUUAAUAACUAAAUUGUAAAAAUGAAAUGGCUGAAUCAGCUUAUUUUUCUGGAUAAUAUUAAUUAGCUGGUCAAAUAUUUUCAGAAUUAGGUGAAGUUAGAAGAUCUAUUGAAUGUUUUAAUAAAUAGAAUCUUUGGGAUGAUUCUAUAAAAUAACUUACUUUAAAUAAAGAUUAAUUUACUACAGAAGAAAAGAUGAUGUUCUUAAAUAUUAUAAUUCCAUAAUAUUUGAAAAAUAUUAUUGAAGAUAUUGAAAAAAAAGAAUUAUUAGAAUAAUAAAAAUAAUCUAUCAUUAAUCCAAAUGAUGAAACUGAAAGUUUUUAAGUUGAAAAUUCUAUUUUAAAUUAAACUUAAUCUUAAAAUAAUAAUGUUGAAAAUGAUUAGUAAAUUAUCAAUUUAGAAAAUAAUGAAGAUUAAUAAUCUUUUUAAGUUUUUAAAGAAGAUUCAUUUGAUCAUUUAUCUAUUUAUGAUCCAGAUGAUGAAUGGAUUAAACCAGAAAAUAAAUCUUUAAUUAAAUCUAUUGCAUCCUCUAGUAUUCAAUCCAAAUUUACUAAUGUUUUAUUAAUGAAUUAACCAACAAAUAUUCCACUUCUUAAAUCAAGAAUAAAUAUUUUUAUUUAAAAUAAUAUUAUGUUAGAAUUAGCUGAAAGAUUUUAAUUAUUUUAAGAUGAAUUUAAAUUACUUUUAGAAAAUUAAAAAAGCUAAUGUGUCUUAUUAUCAUUUAGAAAUUAAGAUGAAAAAGAAUUUGAUCAUAUGAUUAAUUUUUUAUAUGAUUUUGAAAAAUUUGAUUUAGAAUUUGUGUACUUUACUUUAGAUAUUUUAGAACAUUUUAAAAGUUUUAAACUAUGUAUUUAUGUUUGUAAUCAAUUUAAAUUAUCAUCACAUUUAGGUAGAUAUUUAGUUUCUUUAGCUUCAUAAUAUACACCUAUUACAAAAAAUAAUUUUAAAUUAGAAAAUUGGAUUAUUGGUAAUAAUUUAAAAAGAAAACGUUUAUUAGAUUAAGCCAUUGUAGCUUAAUUAGCAUUUAUAAAUAUUUUAGAAUCAAUUAAUCCAAUAUAUUUAUCAUUUAAAAAUGAAGAAUAACUUCAUUCGUCUAAUAGUUUUGGAAUAGAUUGUUAUAAAUAAUUAAUUGGAUUAGGUUAUUGGAAAACUAUUAUUUAUUAAUUAAACUAUUAAAAUGCAAUAAAUUUAUGUCAAUCUUUCAAUAAUUAUUAAGAUUUGAUAAACUUAAUUUAAAAAAUUAAAGAAUAAAGAAAAUUAACAGAAGAAGAACAUUAUUAAUUAAUUAAAUAUAAUUAUUUUAUUUAAUUAGAAUAAUAUUUUCUAUAAAAUUAAUCUUAGAAUGUUAAUUUUGAUUAAGAAUUCGAGAUAACGAUUUAAUGUGUUUCCUAAAAAAAAUUAACUAAAUCUAAUUUAACAUAAUUAAUAAAUAAUUCAAAAUUAAAUCAAGUAAACCUAACAAAUUAAGAGAAACUUAAAUAAUUAGAAUCUAUAAUUUUAGGUAUGUUUUGUUCUAUGGGAAUAAUAAAAUUUGAAUUUGAUUAAUAUUCUACUAUUAUUGAUUUAAUUUAACAAUAAUAAUACGUUAUAAAUCAAUUACCAUUUGCUUAAAAAAGAUCAAAUAUAAUUGAAGCACUUUAAUUUAUAUUUAAAUUCUCUUUUCCUAUUGGAGAGAUAAUGAUAGAUUUUUCUUAAUAUUGUAUUAUACAUAUAACAUCGAAACUAAUUAAAAAUGUUAAUGAAUAAAUGAUAUUUAUGGAUAUUGCAUAUGAAUAUGUUUUGAUACCUUUUGAAACAUUAGGAAAAUUAAUAAAAUAAUAUUUAUAUAAUUAAAAACCAAUCUAAAUAUUAUAUUAAACUAUUCAAAAUUAAUAAGAAGAAUAAGAUAUAACAACUAUUUUUUAAUGUUUAAAAUAAAGAUUAUAAUAUUAAUAUGAGAAUGUUCUUACAUAUUUAACUUAGACAUCAAAAGAUCAAGCAGAUUAUUAUUCAAAAGUUGUAUAUGGAAAUAGAUAAAAAAAUAUUUAAAAUAUAGUUGAAGAUCAUGAAACUUCUAUUUUACAUUUUUCUAAAUUUGAUGAGAUUAGAACUUUUCAUAAAUGGUUAUUAUAAACUAAUAAUAGAUUUAAUAAAAUGAAUAAAUAAUUUAAAUAUUAUUUAAAAAAUGAAAGUAUAGUUUUAUUUGAGUAAGGUAUUAAUAAUUCAAAAUAAAAACAUGGUUAUUUUAUCUUAGCCUUAAAUUUGUUACACUUCUAAAAUGAUAUACCAUUAGCUAUUUUUACAUUAUAGAAUAUGAAAGAUUAAGAUGAAUCAGAUUAUUAUAUAAAAUAUCUAGAAUUUUUAGAAUGUUAACAUUACGGUAUUAUUGAAGAUUCAUUUGAUUGCUUUAUUGAAUUUAGUUAAUAUUUUGAAAAUAAAAUAUAUUUAGAUGAAUGGAUAAAUCAUUUAAUUAGAAUUGCCAUCAAAUUACUUUUAGCAUAAGAAGGAAUUAAACAAAUCUUUAUUCCAUAAAAAUAUUUAAACUUUAUUUCCUUUUAAUUAAAAAUUGAGCAACCAUUGUUUACAAUAACUAAAGAUGAUAUUAUUUAAGAUUUUAUUGAUUAAGUCUUAAAUUAUAUAGUUGCAUGUAAUUCAGAACAUUAUGAAUAUUUAAGUAAUUUAUUAUUAAUUGUCUUUUUGCUUAAUUUAUCGAAUCUAUCUGAUAAUAUAAAAGAUAAAUUAUGCCAAACUUUUUCUGAUUCUCAUACAUUUCCAUAUUAUAAAUUAUUGUACUAAUCUUUAAAUCAAAAAAAUCCAAAAUUACGAUAAGAUUUAAUUCAUAAUAUUGAUAUAUUAUUUAUCAAAGGAUUUUUUGAAGAAAAACUCAUUUUAAUAUAGAUUUGUUAAAAUUAAAGUAAUUUAAAAUCUGAAAUAAUAUACUAAAAUUGUUUAAACAAAUGGGAAAGUUACUUUUAAGAAGCUUAGUAAAUUAAAUAAAAUGGAAUAAAUUUAUUAAAAAAAUGGAGAUAAUUUAAAUAAUAACAUAAAAAUAUGAAAUUAUUCAAAAUUAAAUAAAUUCCUUAAGUUAUACGAUAUUAGCAAUUUUAUAAAUUAUUAUUAAAAGAUUUUAAAUUUUUAGAAAAUCAAGAAAAUUUCAUAUCAAAAAUAUAUAAUUUAUAAGAGUAUUUUUAUUAUUAUUUAUUUUUAGAGAAUUAUUGAAAACGAGAUAAAAAAUGAAAAGAGGUGCAGAUUUUUAGUUUGUAAAUUAAAUUUUAAAUAACUCUACAAAUAUAUUAAAAGAAAUAAAUAAUGGAAAUCUUUAAUUUGACCUUUUUGAAGAAUUAUAAUAGAAAUAUUAAAAUUGGAAAGAUAAGAUUAAUUUAUUUGAGAAAAAUGAAUAAGAACUUCUAGAAAGAAAUAGAUAAAUUCUCAAAUUAAAAUGGUAAAAAUUAUAAGCAGGAGUUAAAGUACAAAAUAAGUUUGAUUCAUAAAAAAUUAAAACUGUAGAGGAACAUUUAGAUGAAGAUUCUCAAGAUUGA